GUGUUCUCUGAUGAGUAAUAUACUUACACCUGAUAUUUAAAACGCCUGAAAAAAUGCAGAUAAAGUAUUUUGGUGCCACAAUUGUAAAAUCUAGUUUGCUAAAGUAUAUCUCAGUCAAACACACACACACACACACACACAAAUGUAGUGAUAAUGUAAAAGAAAAAAAGUAACUAAAUGGGAAAACACAGGCUUUGUCGUGCCAUUUUCAUACGGUCUCUUUUUACAUUUCAUUCCGUUAUAGCAAUAUGGUUAGUAACAAAAGUGAAAAAUGAUCAGUGGUUUUGGUAUCUCACAUUACCAAUAUUUUUCCUCGUAUUUGAAAGUAUCACAACGUUUAGCAUCAGGCAGAAACUUGAGUGGAGAUGGUUUUGUCCUUCGGUAUUCUUGUAUUUGACGAGUAUAGUACCAGCAAUAUGGUUACUUGAACUGGACAAGGUCGACAGGAGGAUGAAAGCUAUAGGAGAAAUACCACUAAACUUAACCACAGGAUCACAGUUGAAAGAUUUUAAUGAUUUAAUCGGGGUGCAAAUUAAACUUCCAGAUAUUUCACUCACUACAGAAACCUGGAUUACACUGAUAGAACAAUUUCUGAUGCUAAUACUGAUUAUAGGAAGAUGGAUGCUGCCAAAAGGCGACUUAACUAGAGAUCAGCUUAGCCAGCUGUUGCUAGUUUAUAUAGGUACUGCUGCCGACAUCAUAGAAUUUUUUGAUUCCUUCAAAGAUGAUAAAAUCGCAUCCGAACCAAUACUCGUUCUGUUGACUUUGGGCAUUUGGUCAUGGAGUUUGAUGCAAUUCACUGUGGUACUAACUGCAACUAAAGCAAGAAGAUCAAGAUUAACCACCACCAAACCCAGUAUUAAAAGAUCUGAUAACUGUUGCACUAUAGAUGUUUGCAGUAUUGUCCUGAAUAUCACGCUACAGGAUGCUCCAUUCCUUGCGUUCAGAUUGUUACUGAUAACUCAUUUCAAGAUUAUCUCUUACAUGAAUGUGUUUUUCACUUGCAAGAAUACUCUAGUCAUACUUUUACAAAUGUAUAGGUUGUAUGUUGUCUACAGUGAGCAUAACAAAAAGGUAGAUGAUCACGAGCAACUUACUAACAUUUCGAUCAUUUCAAAAGAUAUCGGUUAUAACAGAAGACCUAGGAGACCUUCUACCAGAGCAUACAGAAGCAGUGUCAGACGAUCUCGGGAAGAAGUAAAUUAUUCUAGUGAGAGUGACGGAGAUCGCAGCAAACAAAAAAGACAAUCGAAGGCCUCCCGGAAAGAUACUGGUUAUUCAACAGAAAGUUCUCAUGCCAGUCUGAGGAAGCAGAAUAGAUCAAAAAAUAGACGAUCGGGAGAUCGAUCGAGGAGCAGAGAAUACUUAGACGAAGAAGAAAAUAGAAGGGAUUCCAAGCAGAGACUGAGAAGAUCUGACGGAGAUACAAAAGGUCGAAGAAAAAUGGAAGAUGCUUUCCCAGAAGAAAGUGAUCAAGAUCAAGAGGAAGCUACCAUAGUGAGAAAGCAGAAGAAAACGCGAGGGUCCAAUGAGAAAAAAUACCAGAACGCAGAUUCCAGCGAUCCCUCAACCGAAUGACGUCAUCUACUUGCCAUCAUGGCCUUGUUUUGCCUCUUUUUCUUCAUACUGAUUUGUUGCCUAUUCUUUAUCUACUGGGGGAUCAACACUGAGGGCUUGGUGGUAGCUAAAGUGUACAGGCAUUAAGGGCCGAUUUUACUCGUGGCCCUCGAGGAUCAAAAUUUGAUCCGUGGUUCAGAAUUUACCAAUCAGAUUUGUCAAAUUGGCGAAAAAUAAGUAACUUGUUUAAUAAGGUUCUUCAAGCCCCAAACUGAACCAAGCGUUUUUGAUUGAUCACCUGAUUUAGCUACAAAAGCCUACUUUUAUAUUUGAUCUGUGUAUGAAAAUUUGAUCCGUGGAUCAAAAUAUUCACUACCAGAUGAUAGAACCAAAUUUAAAACAACCAUAAGAACUUGAAAAAAUUAUAAAAUGAUAUAUCGGUUGCUAUAGUUAGGUAAAGAUUUUAAUAAUUCCUUGAUAACUCUCUUACUAGAUUUGUAGACGGUCAUCAGUCAAGAAAGUUUGUUGAUUUUUUCAUUGCAGUACAACAGUUUACUUGGAGACAAAAAUUCUAUUACAGAAUCCUCAUUACUGGACAAAGAUCAGGCAAAGGUGCAAUCCACUUUACUACCCUGCAAAAUAAUUUAAAUUCGCAACACGUGUUUAGAGAUAAUUGAGAUUCGCUUAUAAUCGUCGCACUUCGUACUGACAUCUCUGUUCAAUAAGUUUAAGGAGGCUGAGAGUGGGGUGAAAGGAACGCUUUUGUGUGAGACGUCAUUAAAACGCAGUCGACGGACUGAUGCAGUGCUACCAAAUCUAAGGCCCUUGCGACUUCUUACUGUACUGCAAGCUGAUAAUACAUAUACGAGUAGAUAAUAUAUAUUAUCAAGGGUCUGUUUUGUCGCCCCAUGGUAAUUGACACGUCUUUUUCAAUUUAAUGGAUAGAGUCAGAAUGGAGUUUAAUACGAUCAUCUCCUUUAUUUUUUGAUUCUACGUGGAUUUGAGGUGAUUUAUAAAGCACUUUUUGAUUUAGGUUGGGGACUAGAGGCCCUUCUUACGCAAAUCAUAUAAUUAUCUGCUAGUUUGAGAAAUAUUUUAGAAGAAAUUUACGAUAUACUUCAAAAACGUAUUCUGAUUGGUUAAUUUUGAUCCGUGGGUCCAAUUUUGAUACCCGGAUCGUAAAAUCGGUCCUAAGAGAAAUAUGAAAUCCGAAAAAACAUCUUAUAAGUUAAGAAACAAAAUGCUGAUAGUGUGUACUGUUAAAUAAUUGCAACUUCUAAAAUGAUUUAUUAUGAUCGAUAAUAAAACCACGUAUAUGCUAUUGCCACUGAUCAACGCAUUCUACCCGAAGAUAGCCAACCUAGUGCUAUAUUCUCGCGUCCAAGAAGUAACCCGAGAUAAAAUGAGAUACAGUAGCGUCAUCUAUGAGAAUUUGUCACAGUUGUUUCUCUAUCUACUAUAUGGGUCGAAACUAAUAUUCCGCGACCUGGCUUGGCGUGUCAUAUGUCAGAUCGAGUUCAAAAUUGUCUCCUGGAGAGUGCUUAUGGAAGCAUGUCUUUAAAUACAACAUCUUUCAAUGGAUAUCUUUUAAAUAUUGCAGAGAACCUAGUUACUAAGAUACAGAAUUCUACCUCACCCAGCAGCUUUUUAAACAAAAUCAAUGAUUGUUUUAAAUUUAAAACAGUAUCCUACAAUCAAGUGAAAGUCGCUAUAAGCAAAUAAAAAAAAACAACGGCUGUAGAUAUUCUUGACAUCAACAUAAAAAUAAAAAGUAAAUCUGUCAUAAAUCUUACAAUUAUACCGCUAACAAACUUAUUCAAUUGAAGAAUGAAGGCUUUCAUAGGCGCAUCAGUUUUGCUGUAGUGUCACUUUUCACAAAUGUCCCACUAGACCUAUCACUGGAUUACCUGAAGCAAGUUUUUCCAGAGGAUAUCCUGAACUACAUAUUUCCAGUGGAACAAUCAAUUUUAUGAAUAAACUGACGGCGUCGCAAUGGGAAGUCCGCUAAGCCCGGUAAUAGCCAAUUUUUACAUGGAAAAGUUCGAGAAAGCAGCACUGAACACCCCCCCCCCCCAAUCGUCCCAGUUGUUGGCUAGGGUAUGUGGAUGAUACCUUCGUGGUAUGGAGCCACGGAAGAACAGAACUAGCAGUGUUCCUAAGUCACCUAAACAGCAUUCACCCCAAAAUCAAAUUAACAAUGGAAAUAGGAGAGGACAAUCAACUGGCCUUCCUGGACGUAUUGGUGGCCAGACGAGCGAACUUAAAGCAACAAACACUGACAGAUAUUUACACAAGGACUCAACCAUCAUCCUGGACAAAAAAAGGGGUGUCAUUAAAAAUAUGAUAGACAGGGCACACCGAAUUCGUGAACCUCAAUACCUGCAGGGGAACAAGAUCAUGUUAACAUGGUUUUAAAGCAAACGGCUAUAGCAGGGAACAAAUAAAAAGCAGGUCUCACGACAAAAAGCCAGACCGCCGGCAGGAGACAUGGAACCACCUAUGGGAGUCUCCUUCCUACCACACAUUAAAGGCAUUACGUAUAGAAUAGGAAGGUUGCUGCAGAAGCACAACGGCAAGACCAUCUACAAGCCGACAAAUAAAAUCUAGCAACUCCUAGCAUCAGUAAAGGACCUUAGGGACUCCCUGAGCGGGGCCGGCGUAUACGGAAUACCGUGUUCCUGUGGUAAAGUAUACGUAGGCACCACUAAACAUAGCUUCCAAACACGCAUCAAGGAGCAUGAAAGAAGCUGUCGACUGGGACAAACUGAUAAAUCAGCGGUGGCCGAACACGCACUCCAAGACGGCCACAAUGUUCUAUUCGACCAAACUGAAGUCCUAUCAACAUCCACCCACUACUCAGCCCGAACGUACGGAGAAGCAAUUGAAAUCUACAAACACAAUGAUAAUUUUUUUAAACAAAACGUGGUUCGCAAUUCUAAAAAACACAGCGAAAAAACCACGUCACUCAAGUGACCCAGAGUACCCCCACCAGACCGCUCAGUCCUCAGUCCGCCUAUCACCUAUAAAACCGCACGCUCGUCCAGUUGACCGAUCGGUUUUAGUCGACCCGCCAAGCCGAGCACUUCGCUCUCGCCGACAGCGCCACUGAAGAUGGCUACCGCAGAUGUAGCCGAAAGCUCUGGAUCAAAUCCAACCCGACCACGGCUCAACAGCCCGAAAAACCUAAAUGACAAACUUAUUCAACAUUUAUACAGGGUGGCGCAUCGAAAACGAAACAGACGCAUUUACUGGCAGCUCAGUUUUUUUUUGGAAAAACGCUCAGACCCGUCGAUUUUGUUUUCGAGGGGGCAAGUUUGGCAAAAAAUCACGUUAAACGUGCAGCCCCUUGGGCGGGGGUGACACCAACUCUAAAAUCUUAAAUGGAAAGUUGGGUCGAGUGAUGCCUUAUUUU